AUGAGGAGAGCUCAGGAGGUUAUUGGCGAAAAGCUUCGAAAUCGUGUGGGGCGUAGGUGGGCCUCUGCGUCGCCCUUUGCGUUGCCAACGGAGGUGACAACGGUGCGCACGAAGGGGUACGGCCCCACCAAGGACCUUCUCAAGGGCAUUGACACCACAAAUGGGCUUCUUGUGGAAACAGCACUGCACCCAGCGGAUGCGGAGAUGCAGCGGCGCGUCCUUGCUUUGUCUUCUGUAGGUGUGAGUGUUCACACUCCGCUGGAUGGUGAAGCAGCCCCACUGAACGACAACGUGGCUCUCCAACAGGAGGGGAUCGUCGCCAUCUCGCCUGAGCAAUUGUCGUCCGUCGCGACCGUGAUUGUUGACCAGCUGAAGGAACAACUGGAGCUGAGUGGUUACACCGCCGAGGCGGCGCAGGAUGGUCGGUCGGGAAGUGUAGUGAAUGCCGUGGCGAGUUGCCUGCAACAAGAGAUAGAACGUCUCGUUGUCUCAAUGCAGGCACAGGAGGUGUCCUUUGGGCGCAUGCUUCAGGAAAAUUCAGAUCUUAUUUGUGCGAGAGUGGCGAGUGUGAUUCGCACAGAACGUCCCACUCCCCCAGUUCAAAAUGAGGCGGAAGAGAAAAAGCGGCAUUCCCUCCUCAUGGGGGAAGUUGCGUCGGCUUUGACGAAUUUAGAAGACUCACUGAAGAACACAUUAGAAGGGACUCUCGCCAAGUACAAGGCAGAAGAACCUGUUGCCGAAGACCUUCGUGUGCAUGUUGUCACUGCCAUUGAACAGGCGUCACGCAUGCAGCAGGAACAGAUAAUUGUUUCGCUUGAGGAUAUGUUGGCGAACGUGGCCAAGCUGGAGCGUUCACACCUUAAUCCACCCAACUUAGAGUCUAUUCAAGAGGUGGUAAAUGAGGCCAUGAAGCAAGUAGUGGAAAAAACACAGCAUGAGAUAAACGAACUACUCCAGGCCGUGCGAGAAAAAAGCGCUGAAAGUGCAGCUCGUGUGCCCGGCGCUGGGGAGGCAGUACUGGAGGGUUUGUUGGCGUCGUAUGGCGAGCGACUGGAGGAGAUGCGUGAGACCACAGCAGGCUUCGCAGACUUGAAGGAAUUGCUGAUGGAGGUGCACAGCCAUCAGCAGACAAAUAUGACGGCAAUACAUGAGGUGCAGGAAAGUGUGAAGAAACUCAAGAAGGAGCUGAAAGGCGCCCUUUACGAGGCGACAGGUGGAGGUGGUUCCUCUGAAGAAAAAAAAGACGACAGCGCGGAUCAGUUCGCGGAGUAUUGCGACAAAUUAGACGCCUUGGCCGACCGGGUGACAUCAGUGGUUGAGCAGCAGCUUAAAUCACAAUAUGCGGACGUGAAGGAGCUACCAAAGCGACUGCUUGAUCUGGAGAACGCAAUACGGGAGAAACAGCGGCCCGCCCUGCAAGAUAUUCCUCCCCUGCAGGAAAUUGAUGACGAGCGAAUGGUUGCACUGGCACAGAGCAUAAGUGAAAGCAUUCUAGCCUCUAUGCCAAGGCGCGAGGACCCAUUGCCAGAAGCGACGUCAUUUACGAAGGAGGAUCUUGCAGAUGCUGUGGCUGCCGCGCUCACUCCCAAAUUGAAUGAGCUGGCAGCAGCAGUGCAGGUGAACCGAAGCCCAAGCACCGUGGUGACGCAACCGGAGGAUGGCACAAUGGCUAUCGGUGAGCAGCAACUAAUCACACUUGCACAGACGAUAUCGGAGAGUGUGCGGGAGGCAGUGCGUGACACUGUGUCUUCCCAGCCGCCAGUAGAGAUGCCGCCGUUUGGGUUGGGGGAGCAAGCUAUGAUUGAGCGACUGGAGGGCUUUAAGGAGAGUGUACUUGCGGGAGUGCAGGAGGAAAUGGGACGUACUCAUGAAGUUGACUUGACCCCCUUUCAGGCGUACCUUGACGAAGUUCUCGGGGGCAUGCAGGAGGUGUUGGGCAAGCAACAGGAGGCAACGCAGGCCAAAAUUGAGAAUAUCGUUAAGGUCCUGGCGGAACAGCUGCAACAACACGAGCAGACUGACGGCGAUGCCAGACCCGCCAAUAUCACUGUGGCGGAGCUGGGAACCCUUAAUGAACGUCUCUCAAAUGAAAUGAAAAGCAUUCUUGCGAGUGAGUUGGCAUCCGUGAUUUCAAAACUCGGUGCCGCACAGGAAGAGGUUCGAGACGCGGCGCGGCAGUCAUCUUCAGCUCUUGAAGUUAAGCUACUUUCAAUCGAGACUUCGCUGCACGAGGCCGUUGCAGCCAUGGAGGAGCGUAGUCUUCUCGUGCAAACGGCUCUUGAUGGAGUUGCAGAGAACAUUGAGGGCGUGAAGGGGAGAGGUGACUCUGAAACACAGCCACUGGCGUCGGUAAGUGACGCAGUAGCGGCACUCACCCGCCAAAGCGCAGCUGCCGCCAGUGAUAUAAAAGCACAACUUCGCGCGAGUGAUGGCCGUGCGGAGGCGAUGCACGCGAAGGUUACGGCAGAGCUGUUGCAGCGCAUUGGCCAGCUGGAGGCGGAGGUGGUGGAGGGGCGGCGGCGCAUCGACGAUUUAAUUUCGUCUAGCGCGGACCACAAGGAGGUCGCCACCACCGUGGAGGCGAUGCGGCUGAAACUUGACGGAGUGGGCAGCAUGCUUCAUGACAUCGUGGAUUCGCACGCGGCGGUACCACCCCAACACCACCACCACCAACAACAACAACAGCAGCAGCAGCAUCAGCAACAAGAGGAACAACAGAAGCGCGUGAAUGCGGAGAUGAUCGAGCAGCGCCUCGACAGUCUUUUUGCUACAACGCAGGAAAUACUCACCGAUUUGCAAAAGUACCGCGCCGCCCAAGAAACAAUAACCCAUCCCCCGCCUCCAACUCCAUCACCACCGCCACUUGAUGCGAAGCUUGCAAAAGAGGAAUUGACUGCAAUGGAGGGACGAUUGAGCGAGCGGCUACAGGGGCUGCAGGUCGCCGUCGACGGAUUGACGCAGCUGGACGCCGGCGCGAUGCCUGCCUCUGAUGAGGUGCUGCAGCAGGAGUCAGUGACGACAGAAGAGACCAACAAAUAUGUAAAGGAGAUUGACUCCCUCAUCAAGAUCGUAAUGUCUUCAAAAGGCCUGCAUGCGAGGCAAAUGCGGGAGAAGCUCGACUCAUUGCGCUCCUUGGUUGCUGCAGCGAAGUUCGACGAGCAGAGUGAGCAUCGAACGACGCAACUGCUUGAAGCACUCGAAUCAAAUCGUCUCAAACUGAAGGAGGAUGUGACCUGUGCAGAGGCGGAACUGAUAAAACAGGUUAACGCAAUGGUGAAGCACACAAUAGACCACUUUACGAAGUCGCUUGCCCACACAGUAGCGUCAUCGACGGAGACUUACACACAACAGCUUCGUGGCGACAUGGAUGCCAUGGAGGAGAAGCUCGAGAAACAUCAGCACCAUGUUGUGUCGCAGCUGCAUGAUAGAAUAAAAGAAUUAGACAAGUCGCAGGAAGAUCGCAGUGAAAAGCUGACGGCGGAGCUUCAAAGCGGUCAGAAGGAGUGGCACAACGCACUCAAACGGAUUGUGGAGCAUGACAUGCAGGCCACGCUUCGCUGCACCGUUGCGGAGGUGUGCACUGAGCAGCUGCGCCCUGUGAGGCACCAACUGGAAUCUCAGGAGGCGCAGCAGCAGGAGAGCGGUGCGGCACUACUGUCGAGCGUGCAGCAGGUGUCGCGCGACGUUGGCCUCUUGGGUGGCCUCAGUGGGGAGCUGCGCGCGGCAGUAAGUGGUGGCUCGGCGGAAGUCAUUGGUGAACUGCGCCGUGCUCAUGAUGGGCUUGCAGAGCGCAUUGAGCGGCAUGUGUUGACGGUUGCGCAGCAGCAGCAACGAGAGGCGGCGGAAGUCGUGGCAUCUGUGGUAUCGUCCAUGCCGACUGCAGCUCCUGCUACUAGUGCUACUAAUUCAACCGCUACCACCACAAUGAUGCGGUCUACGCCGAUGUCGCUGUGGUGGUUACUGGCAUUGUCGUUCGUUGUCUUCGCCAGUAUCAUGGCGUGUGCGUACUUCCUAUUCGCUGCAUUCCUUGUCGCCUUUGUCCCCGUGGCGCCACCCGAUGACCUGCUGCUGGCCGCUGAUGCUCCAACACCUGUGGGGGAAAGUGCUUCUGCUAUCCUGAAGAGGCCUUCCUCCUCGCGUGUGGUUGAUCAAGUGAUCUUCUGA